AUGCUUCGCAAAGUCAUAGACCUCAGCAGCGACUGGCGGUACCGGUCUGCUCUUGAUUCACCAGGAUCACCAGCGACCGCCACGAGUAUUUGGCGCGCGUGUCGCUCGCUUCCCACCGAGAUCCAUCUGGACCUUCUCAACGACAAACUCAUCCCCGACCCGUUCGUUGGAAAGAAUGAAGAAGCUUUACAAUGGGUGGGGGAGAUGAAGUGGGAAUACGAGACCUCCCUCAGCAUCCCCAUCGAAGCAUUCCAAUCCGACGCUCGCGCGGUCCUGGUGAUGGAAGGACUCGACACAUUUGCCACGGUGACGUUGAAUGAGAAAACCAUCUUGGAAUCCGCCAAUGCGUUCAUCGCCCAUAGACUUGAGCUCACGCGUGCAAUGUUCGACACAGCCGAUGACAAUGGCUUCCAGAGCAGUAGCAACAGCGACGAUGCAGCCUCCGUCGUCACAGGCAGCCUACGUAUCGUCUUCGACAAUGCUGAGCGACGUGGCCUUGAGAUCAAGGAACAGCAUCCUGAGCACGAUUGGUUCACGUUUGGUAGCGGCACCACGCGUCUGGCCACGAGAAAGCCGCAAUAUCAUUAUGGCUGGGACUGGGGCCCAAAGCUCAUGACCUGUGGCCCUUGGAAGCCAAUCUACCUGGAAUACUUCACGUCCCGAAUCGCUGAUGUGGCGAUAAGUUCGUCCCUGAGCACUGAUCUUCAAGACGCAGUGGUGACUGUAUCAGUGGAGGUUGAUGGUCCCGCCGAGCAGGUUGCGGUCGACCUGCUAUUGCAUGGCAACGUGAUUCAUCAUGAAGUCACCACUGUUCGUGAGAAGGUCGGACUCGUUCAGAUCAAAGUUGCCGGGCCGGAGCUGUGGUGGCCUCACAAUCUCGGACCAGCAACGAUGUACUCUAUUCGGGUGUUUUUAUCUACCGCCCAAGCAAACGACUUGCUUCACGUCGACCAACUGGAAAAGUCAUUCGGCAUUCGCAAGAUUGAGCUGGUCCAGCGUAAACUGGAAGAUCAAGAUGGCACCUCUUUCUUUUUCAAGGUCAACAACAUUCCCGUUUUUGCUGCUGGGUCGUGCUGGAUCCCGGCCGACUCGUUCGUUUCCCGCAUCAGCCAACGUCGCUAUGAAGAGUGGAUUCAGCUGGCGCGAGACUGCAACCAGAACAUGAUUCGAGUCUGGGGAGGCGGCGUGUAUGAAAGUCCUGCCUUUUACGAUGCAUGCGACCAGCAGGGAAUGCUGGUAUGGCAAGACUUCAUGUUUGCGUGCGGCAACUUUCCUGCCCAUCCCGAAUUCCGCGCGCAGAUUGCUGUUGAGGCUGAGCAGAACGUCCGCCGCUUGAGACACCACCCAUCGAUUGUGCUCUGGUGUGGCAACAACGAAGACUACGUCAUCUAUCCCCUUCGUAGAAUCCAGUACGACGCGACUGAGACGAGCCCCGAAGCGAUCUUAAAGUCGAUAUUUCCUGCCCGCUACUUCUACGAGCACGCCCUGCCCAAUAUCUGCGCAGAUCUGACCCCGGACACGCCUUACUGGCCGGGGUCUCCUUUUGGAGGAGACAUGGUGAACUCGCAACUCGAAGGCGACAUUCACCAGUGGCACGUCUGGCAUCUCGACAUGUUUCCUUACCAAGACUAUCCGCGGCUGAGUGGGCGUUUCGUCAGCGAGUUCGGCAUGCAAUCUCUCCCGUGCCUGGAAACCACCAUGGAGUUCUUCCCCGCCGACGCCACCUCUGCGACCCUUGAGAACAAUGUCUUGGAGAACACUUUUCUGAACUGGCACAACAAAAUGCCAGACGGUCACGACAGGAUAUGCCAUUACGGACGAGCGAACAUCUCCUUUGGGGCCUCGUCGUUGGCCGAGGUCAUUUACAACACCCAAUUAAUCCAGGCCGAAACCGUGGCCACGGCGUACCGAUCCUGGCGACGUCUGUGGCAAGGGCCUAGGAAGGAGUACUGUGGGGGAGCUCUGGUCUGGCAACUCAACGACUGUUGGCCUGUCACUUCGUGGGCAAUUGCAGACUACUACCUACGGCCGAAAAUGGCCUACUGGGCCAUGAAACGUGAAUGCGCCGCCGUUACCGGCGGCCUGAGCAGAAUCGUCAAGGAUGGCGCCGAACGGACCCUCGAGUAUUGGGCGGCGAAUAUGACUCAGACCGGAGUCACGGUCGAUAUCACCAUCCGGGCGUGGCUGGUAACGACUGGUGAGCGAAUUCUGGAAAGAAAGCUCCACAAUAGAAUGUCUCUUGCGCCGAAUCGAAGCAUCGAUCUUGGAUCUCUUGCCAUCGAUGACAUGAAUUUACCAAGAACUCAGCAGCAUCGAGACAUUGCAUUCGCGCUUUCACUCGACUUCCAAGACAGCAGUAAUGAUACUCCAAAGUCGGUGCAAGCGAUCAACUUCCAUGAGCCUCUUCGUGAGGUUCCUUUCCCAAGUGACAAGACCAAGGUAGAUCUGAGAAUAUCGCAAUCCGCCAUGGGAAUCUCGGUGCAGGCCAAGGCUGCAGUCCCGAUCAAAGGUCUAUUGAUCGAGGUGGACGGCGAUUCAACGGCCAAAUGGGAUGAUAAUGGCAUCGAUCUCAUGCCGGGUCAGGUGGCCGAGCUGAGGUAUUUAGGUCAAAGUCUGAGACCAGGCCAGGAGGACAGACUUCGAGCAAGAUGGUUGGGCGGUUAUUUGGACCAGUCUUCUGAUCUGAGAGCAUCGUUGUAA